UCAUUCUUCAACGCAAUGCUUUCAUCAGGAACACCCCAUCCGUUCGUGGUAGACCCGCGUAGUAGGUUUACCAACCCCCGGUUCAAUUAUUCGCACCCCUACCUAAAUAACUCCAUCAACCCGGUUCACUUUUCCAAUUCUCCAUCGACUUACAUAAACAGCUCCGCUUGUUUAUCUGCGUGCUCAGUUGUCCAAAAGGGUAAAGAAGUCCAACAACUACAACCACCGUCGUCGUCAACCAUGCCGCCACCACCGAAUCUUUCUCCAUUCCCACCGGCGACAACUUUCUUCUGGGGAGAAACACCUGAGGAAGAAUUCUACAAAUCGCAAGGAGUACGUAACUCAAAAUCCUACUUCGAAACGCCAAACGGAAAACUAUUUACUCAAUCAUGGCUUCCAUUGGACGAAGAUCAACCGGUGAAGGCCGCCGUGUUCAUGACUCACGGUUAUGGAUCCGACACCAGCUGGUGCUUUCAGAAGAUCUGUAUUGAGUACGCCAAGUGGGGAUACGCUGUUUUCGCCGCCGAUCUCCUUGGCCAUGGUCGAUCGGAGGGACUCCAUGGAUACCUCGGCGAUAUGGACAAGGUUGCUGCGGCGUCGUUAUCAUACUUUCUCAGCGUUCGCCGUAGCGAAACCUACUGUAAACUUCCGGCAUUCCUGUUCGGGGAAUCAAUGGGCGGCAUGAUCACCAUGCUUAUGUACUUCCAAUCAGAACCUGACACGUGGACCGGUUUGAUCUUCUCAGCGCCUCUAUUUGUCAUUCCGGAAAACAUGAUUCCAUCCAAGCUACAUUUAACAAUGUACGGGCUACUAUUCGGGUUUGCGGAUACAUGGGCCGCCAUGCCAGAUAACAAGAUGGUGGGAAAGGCAAUCAGAGAUCCCGAAAAGCUAAAAAUAAUAGCUGUAAAUCCGAAACGGUAUGCAGGGAGGCCAAGAGUAGGUACAAUGAGAGAAGUUGUCAGGGUAACAAAUUACAUACAAAACAACUUCCACAAGGUCACAACCCCUUUCUUGACAUUACAUGGGACCGCAGAUGGGGUCACAUGCCCCACCGGGUCUCAGAUGUUGUAUGAGAAGGCAACAAGUGAGGACAAGGCUUUAAAGAUGUACGAGGGUAUGUACCAUUCCUUGAUACAAGGGGAACCUGAUGAUGCUGCUAAUCUUGUGUUAGCUGAUAUGAGAGCAUGGAUUGACGAGAAAGCGGAAAAAUAUGGCCCUAAGAGUAAUGGUAACUAAUUGGAAGUAAAAUAAUGUUAUCAUGAAUUGUGACUAACUAGAAGUAAAAAAAAUUAUCACAUUGUAUCGUGGAAACUAAAACAUUUGAUAUAUAAACUCUUUGUUACCUUUUUA